AUGUCGCUGAACAUUGGAAAUAUGAAUUCAAAUAGUAUAAAUAAUAUUAUUAAGAAAGUUCUAGAGGAAGGUGAAAAUAUUAUAGACGAAGAAAUUAAAACGAUCGAUAGCAUUCAAAAUGAUGAGAACGAGCUAAACCGUCUAAGAGAAAAAAGAAUUAAAGAGUUAAAAAAAGAAAUCGAACAAAAAAACAAAUUUAUAGAGUUCGGUCAUGGAAAGUAUGACUUCAUCGCUGAUGAGAAAGAGUUCUUUGAUACAAUAAAGAAAAGCGAAAACGUAAUUUGCCAUUUUUCCAGGCCAUCCACUCUGAGGUGUGAAAUCUUUGACAAACACCUAGAGAUUAUUUCCAAAAAGCACCUAGAGGCAAAGUUUAUUAAGAUCAAUGCGGAAAAAUCACAGUUUGUUUCUAGUCAUUUAAAUAUUAACAUUUUGCCGACUAUUGCACUGAUUAAAAACUCAAAACUCAUACAUAAAAUUAUCGGAUUUGAGGAGCUAUCAUCAAGAGAUGACUUUACAACAACUCAACUUGAAGAGUUAUUGGCAAGAAGAGAUAUGAUACAAAAGAUGUAA